AUGGGGAAUUGCAGAGUGGUCGAUGCAACUGCCCAGCCUGCGGAUAAAAUUUUAAGGUUUAUUAUUUUAUUAUGCAUAGCAAUGGCUCCCAUUAGAGCAGAUCCUGAGGCCAAGCUUUUAUCCUACCAAUGCAACUAUGGCCCCAGCGGUAACGCAACCGUCUUCAAGCAAAUUUUGAACGCCGCGCUGGAAACUGUGGUGGAAGAAGUUGCUCCAUCUGGAUUUGCUACAACAGACAAGGAGACACCAACAGAUCUGGCAGAUUCAGUAUACGUUCUGGCGCAGUGCAGAAAGGAUAAAUCCCCUGCCGAUUGCGUCGACUGCAUAAACUUUGCAGAGAAGCAAGCACGCAACUGUCCCUAUAUGUCCUGCAAAGCAUACUACGACGGCUGUUAUCUGCGUUACGAGAAUUACAAUUUUUAUGAUAAAUAUACUGAUGCCACACAUAAACCGGCAGAUUCAGUAUACGUUCUGGCGCAGUUUGAUAAGUGA